AUGCAGGUGAUCCCUAUCGUGCUGCUGUUGGCGGCCGUCGCGGCGGCGCAGCAGAAACGAGAGGCUGAGCCCUCCGGCGGCUAUGGCCACGGACUGGGCAACUAUGGCUACAGCUAUGGGUUUGACACUGGGCAUGGCCUAGGCUUGGGCAUUGGCCAUGGACACGGACAUGGCUUAGGCCUAGGUAUCGGUCAUGGACACGGUAUUGGCCAUAGCAUCGGCAUUGGUCAUGGCUUAGGCAUCGGUCACGGUGUAGGUAUCGGCCACGGCCACGGGCAUCACGGACAUGGACACACGGUAGUCACCGAGGUUGUACAUGGCGGCCACAGCAUCGGUCAUGGCCACGGAAUCGGUCACGGUCUCGGCCACGGAGGUGGACAUGGUCUUGGAUUUGGACAUGGGCAUCACACCGUCCACAGCCAUGUCGUUGGACACGGUCUCUACGGAGGCAACAGCUACCUUCCCUACGGCUACGGACACUCCAUCCACAAGCGCGAAGCGAAGGCAGAUCCGCAGCCCAAAGCGGAGGCCAAGGCUGAACCGAAAGCCGAAGCCAAAGCCGACCCAAAGGCAGAGCCCGGCUUCGCUCACGGCUUCGGUGGUCAUGGAGUCGGAUUCGGUGGCCAUGGGUUCGGUCACGGUGUCGGCUUUGGUGGCCAUGGCUUGGUUCAUGGUGGGCAUGGCUUCGGCCACGGCGGCUUUGGAAUUGGCCACGGUGGACAUGGAUUCGGCCAUGGGUUCGGACACGGAUUAGGACAUGGCCAUGGACACACCGUUAGUCAUGAAGUUGUACAUAUCGAUGACGGUCCCAUCUAUGUCGGCCACGGUCUAGGUCACGGAUUCGGACAUGGGUUAGGCCACGGCUCUGGUUUUGGACAUGGCUUCGGUCACGGUUUAGGACACGGUGUAGGUCACGUGAGUGUACACAGCCAUGGAAGUCAUGGCUAUAUCCCAUACUACGGCGGCGGCUACUUUUAA